AUGGGUGAUACCUGUCCCCAGUCACCCGAACGGACUCUGUCCUUCACCCAAGGCUUCAUAGUCGGACAAAUCUCGGUCGUGCUUGUGUUGGCCGCCUUCAUAAAGUUCUUCAUCUUUGGUGACCCUCCUUCACCCGACGUCACCGCUUCCUUGAGGGCAACCGAGCGACGGUCAAGAACGCUUGCUCAUAAGCGCUCGUUGCUUAGUCUGCGCAGCUCUGGCAAUCGUCAAGACAGGGAGUUGAGCCGCAAGAAGUCGAGCGUCCUCAGAAACCCUCCCGUGCUUACCAUUGGGUCCAUCCUCAGCAAGACGUACUACAAUGUCGACAGCCAUCAGCCUGAGAGUCUCGACUGGUUCAACGUCCUCAUUGCGCAGACCAUUGCACAGUUCCGCAGUGAUGCGCAGCAUGAUGAUGCCAUUCUCAACUCUCUAAGCAAGGCGCUGAAUGGGACCUCGCGCCCGGACUUCGUCGAUGAGAUCAGGGUCACGGAGCUGAGCUUGGGCGAGGACUUUCCCAUCUUCAGCAACUGUCGCAUCAUCCCCGUUGAUGAAGAUGGAAUGAGUCUUGGUAUCGGAAAGAAGUUUGACCCGGCUACGGCAGCGAGAGAUGGCACGCGCCUUCAAGCACGGAUGGAUGUUGAUCUGAGCGACAUGCUCACUCUUGCCGUGGAAACGAAGCUCCUACUUAAUUAUCCCAAGAAAUUAUCGGCGGUACUUCCUGUCGCACUGGCCGUCUCGGUGGUCAGAUUCAGUGGCACACUCUCAAUAUCCUUCAUCCCUAGCAACCCCUCUCAGCCGACCAGGAUGAUCUUCAACUUUCUUGACGACUACCGGUUGGACUUUUCCAUUCGGAGUCUUCUCGGCAGCCGCUCUCGACUUCAGGACGUCCCCAAGAUUGCCCAGCUUGUCGAGGCCCGCCUCCACCGGUGGUUUGAUGAGCGAGCCGUUGAGCCACGGUUUCAGGAGAUUGCCCUCCCAAGUCUGUGGCCGCGAAAGAAGAAUACCCGAGGCCCGGAUGACGGGCUGGCCGAGGGGAGCGCUUCUAUGGGUCGGUCAAAGGGUAAGGAUGUUGGUCGAGACUUGCGGGACGAGGUGUUCGGAAGUGAUGCUGGUAGUAGGGACCGAGCAUCACUUCGUCAUCGCCGGGGAACGAGAAGUGACAACAGUGACGACUUGUCGAUGCCCGGAUCGCUCCCUCGGUCUCAGAGAGGUACAUAG